AUGGAAAGUCGAUCGGCCCAUUUCAGCGACGACCUGUAUAGCCAACUUAAAUACAUCGACUCCUCCAGGGUCUUUUCCGUACAAUCAACCAUGGAAACUAUCAUUGCCACCAGACCAACCGAGACAGACGGAAAGCCACUUUAUCCUGACUACCUGCCGUUUUAUGACCCGCUUGAAAAAGUCGAGGACAUUGGCGAAUUCAAACACGAGGAUCCCGGAGCAAGAGCCGAUCCAAGCUUGAAAAACCUGCUGAAAGACGCCACAAAGAUUGUUGAGCUGGCUCCUGCUAUUGGAACCGAGAUCCACGGCACCCAACUGUCUAAGCUUUCAUCUGAGGGGCUGGACGAGCUUGCUCUGUUGGCAGCCAAGAGAGGAGUUUUGGUUUUUAGAGACCAGGAUUUUGCCGACAUUGGCUUUGAUAAGCAGCUUGCAAUAGCUCGUCACUUUGGACCUCUGCACAUCCAUGGAUGGGCGCCUCAUCCAGCCAAGGGUCCACCAGAAUUCAUGAUUAUCUAUGACGAUAAGGACGAUUUGAGAGUCAGAAAGUCCUGGAAAGGCCGUAGUCCUGUUCAGUUCCACUCCGACCAGUCGGCAGAGCCACAAACCCCUGGAACAUCGAUUCUUUGCAUGCUCGAAUGCCCACCAACUGCUGGAGGUGAUACCAUUUUUUCUAGUGGCUACUUGGCCUACGAGAGACUUUCUCCAAAAUUCAGAAAGAGACUGGACGGUUUGCGUGCCGUUCACUGUAAUGUUGGUGUUGCAAACGCUGAGCUUUCGAACAACGGAAACAGUGCUAUUCAGAGAAGGGAUGUUUGUCGUACUGUCCACCCUGUUGUGGUUGUUCACCCGGUUACCAAGCGCAAGGCUCUGUAUGUGACUCCAGUCUACACGGAGAGUAUUGUGGGAAUGCAAAAGGAGGAAAGCGAUGCUCUUUUGGCCUUUCUGUUUGCCCACAUCAUUAGAGGUCAGGAUUUCGCUUGUCGUGUGAGAUAUGAAAAAGGUACUGUGGUCGUUUGGGACCAAAGAAUCACAUGCCACUCCCAGACUCUGGACUAUCCGAUUGAUAAGUACCGUCGGCAUGGAUUCAGACUUACGCCGCUAGCCAACAAGCCAAUUCCGGCAGAGCCCGAAUCAGACGACGAGCGGCUCGACGAGUAUCUUUAUGAUUAG